UGUAUCAAAAGCUGACCGGACGAAAUCAAAACAAAAGUGCUUUUUUAUCAGUUCCUGCUGAUUAGUUUAUUUUCCUAUUGUUCUUUGUGAUCAAAAUAUCCAGUUAAAGCAAAAAUGCAUGAAGCAUAUAUUUUAUAUCCCCCAGAGAAAAUACACGUUCAAAUUGAAUCCAUGACGGGAUUUGAUAACAAACUGAUCCUUGGUACACGUCAGGGACAUCUGCUUAUGUACUCGUUCGAGCCAAAUCCGGACACGAAUAAGCUGGACCUACAGUUACUGCAGUACGAUAAAAAUUUUAGUAAAAAACCAGUCACCCAGAUUGAAGCUAUACCCGAGUACAAGUUGAUUUUCAGCCUAUCUGACGGUAUAGUCAAUGUGAACGACUACAGCCGUCAUGGGUUUCCACUGAUUCAUACGGCUCAAAAGACAAAAGGUGCUACGGAAUUCGCAUUGGACAUCAAGAAAUCGAAGUCUCUGACCGGGGAGUUAGCUCUAGUCUGCCGUUUAUGUGUGGCAGUAAAGAGAAAAUUACAGUGUUACUAUUGGAAGCAGAACGAACUGCUCGAGUUUGGCAAUGACAUCGACUUGAAUGAUGUGCCCAAAACGAUUGCGUGGAACAAUAACUAUAUCUGCGUAGGGUUCAAGACUGAAUAUGUCAUGUAUGAUAUUUCAGAAGAUCAACCAAAAAAGAUUGAUUUGUUUCCAACCAGCUCGUCAAAAUCAAUAGAACCGUGCAUUUCUCUGAUUAAAGAUGGCGUGUUUGCCGUCGCGAAGGACGAGUACCUCGUUACAGUCUAUACCGAAAAGUAUAAAACCGAAGGAAAGGACAGUAGCGGGGCUGUUAAACCAGAUGCUUCUUUACUGACGACCAAGGAUGCCAGAAAUCUUAAAUCGCUAAUAUGGAGCGAACCCUUUCAUGGACUGGUCUGGGACGAGCCGUACAUCAUUGGACUGAUAACCGAUGCGGUGGAAAUAAGAGUGUUUGACAAUGUGGAUAUGACCGAUAAAGGAACAUUGAUUCAGACCAUUUCCCAGUUACCCAAAGCACGGUUUUUGGUGCGUGGUAAACAAGGUUUACUGUAUGCAGCAUCCGCUUCUCAUCUGUGGUGCAUUCAAGCGGUUGAUAUCUCUAAGCAACGCGAGUACCUCUUGCAGGAAGAAAAUUUCCAUUUAGCACUUCAGUUAACGAACAUCUCUGACGAAAGUUCAGAGUUCAAAGUAACCAAAAUAAAUGAAAUUCAGACGCGUCAUGCAUACAACCUGUUCAUAAAAAAACAGUUUCGUGAGUCAAUGAAGGAAUUUGCUAAAUUGAAUACGGAUCCUAUUGAUGUUAUCAGACUAUUUCCGGAUUUGCUUCCCGACAGUGGCAAGAAUAAGCUUAGUUCUUAUUCGAAGAAACCAGCACCGGUACUUGAUGAGAAAGAUAUUGAAAACGGAAUUUUAGCGCUAAUCGAUUACCUUACCGAAGUUCGUUACAGUCUUCGACAAGAGUUGAUCAGUAAGACCGAAUCGAAACUUUCUUCGGGUAAAAACAUUUCCGCGCUGCUUUCAAUAAUCGAUACCACACUGCUCAAAUGUUAUCUGCAGACAAGCGAUUCGAUGGUAGCUUCAGUGCUGCGUAUGAACUAUUGCUACUUGGAAGAGUCUGAACGAGUGCUGAAAAAGUACGACAAAUAUGUCGAAUUAAUUAUCCUGUAUCAAACAAAAGGUCAACACAAGCGAGCAUUGCAGUUACUUCAAGCACAAGCUGACACUCCAGGCUCGCCUCUGCAUGGGCAUGAUCGAACCAUUCAAUAUUUGCAGCAUUUAGGAAACGAAAAUAAGCAUCUAAUUUUCGAAUUUGCUGGUUGGGUUCUAGCGAAACAUCCGGAUGAUGGACUAAAGAUCUUCAUCGAAGACAUACCGGAAGUCGAGAGCCUACCCAGAGCGGAAGUAUUGGAUUUUUUACUGAAAGAUCACAAACAGCUAGUGGUUCAGUAUCUGGAGCAUAUCAUUAACGUGUGGGACGAGCAAAAGGCGCUAUUUCAUAACAUUUUGGUACAACAGUAUCGUGAAAAGUUGAUUGCAUUGAAAAAUGAUCCCGAUACCGAAUCUGAUGUUCAAAAGAAAACAGCCCGUGACACAAUCAACAAUAAGUUACUGAAUUUUCUAAGAAAGUCCAAAUAUUACCAUGCUGAGAAAGUUCUCGGAGAAUUUCCCUAUACAGAUUUGUUUGAAGCGCGUGCCAUUAUACUCGGACGUCUGGGAAAGCAUGAAAAAGUGGUCGCCAUAUUCGUCCAGAUACUCGGCGAUUUCGACAAAGCCGUCGAGUAUUGCAACCAGACGUAUGAUGAAAAUGAUCCAAAGAGCUGUGAUGUUUAUGUGACUCUGAUAAAAACGAUACUCACUCCGCCGGUUGCCCCUCCAUACAGCGAUCUAGAGUUGCAUCCUCGCUGUCUAAAGCCAGAUGUUGAGACCGUACUGAAUAUUAUGGAGGCAAAUGCUAAAAAGAUCAACCCGUAUGCGGUUUUGCAGAUCCUACCGGACGAAACUCCUUUGGCUCGCAUAAAAAAUUUCCUCGAAAUUGCUUUAAAUCAUCAUUUGGAGCGCAAACGAAAGACUCAGAUACUGAAGGGUUUGUACUACGCAGAGCAUCUUCAAACUCACGAGCAAAAAAUUCAUUAUGAAUCGCAGCAUUUUCUUGUGACCGAACUAAGUGUCUGCCCAGUAUGUAAAAAGAAAUUCAGCUACCAAAGUGCAUUUGUUCGUACCCCUGAUGGCAGUAUAGUACAUUUCUCGUGCCAAGAUAAGAUAUGAAAAUGACAGCUGGUGAAACUGUCAAUGCUGAAAUAUAAUGCACGCUAUUUAAAAUAAUAUAUUAUUUUCUAUAUCUUAGUCCCUUAAUAAUAAACAAAAAUGCCGGUAUCGUGAAACCUUAAAACGUGCACUCUAGUUAAUUUAUAACAGUAAAGGAUGUGCCGUUUAAAAACCGCACACACUCAAAUUGCUCUAACUUUUGACCCGUUGGUUAAAAUAAUUAAAAUCUCGCUACACAUAGACAAGUUCAAUGUGUAUUAUAAUCUGUGAGUUCAUUUGAUCAGGUAUGAGAAAAAGUUUUGCAUGAGUCCUUCAAGAACAAGGAUCUGUUACAUCGCGCCAUCGGAAAAAAUGCUGAGAAUUGCAAAUUCAACGGUGUUUAGUAUCAUAAAACGGUUCGAAGAACGUCUGAUUGUUGUUCGGAAGCGAAGAUGCCGUCCGGUCAACGUGAAUGAUCACAAACGUGUGGCUGGGGUCUUUAAACGGAGAUCAAACACCUCAGUUCGAGAUGCGGUUAAAAAGUUGCAUAUGAACAAGACUUUCGUGUAGAAUACCAAAACUCGAGCUGGACUUCGUACGUUUAAACUUCAGAAGUUCUAAAACCGUGACAAGAAACACAAUACGGUACGGCCAAAAGUUAACGAUGCAACACUACUGCGUAAAGGAUUACAUGAAAUAUGUGAAAACACCCGUUUCCAAAGAUGAGUGUAAUGUUCCCGAAAGCCUCCGUACACAGAAGAUGUCGAAGUUUGCCAAGAAGGUAUUAAUUCAGCAAGCGAUUUAUACUUGCGGAAAGCGGAGUACACCUUUCACUGCCAUGAACGACCAGGUGUAUUUGAAAUAGUAGCUCUAUAAGCGACUUCGACGUUCUAAUGGCAAGUUUUGGCAUCAUGCCACUGCACACGUGCACUUUCGAUUCUUAGGUGAUGCAAAUCCUUAUGAAUGAGACUAAGGCCCAGGUUCGUGCUUCAAAUUUAAAGGCGAAAUAAAUUAAUCGAAUGAUGUCAAAACCAA